CAAACUGUACCCAAUACAUUAUUGUUCUUCCGUGUUAAAAUGUAUCUCUAAAAUGUAUUUCUAUUAAAUACCCAUCUUCAUUAAAAUUGCUGACGUGAGAUACAUUUCAAAUGUUUUGCGUCAGCAUUGCAUCAACAAUAUUUUUUUGUUUUUCAGCUAGCAAAAAAUUUCGUCAUUAACCUUGUAUUGAUCUCCUUAAGACGAUGACAAAUGGAGAUGAAGUACAAGUCCUAUUGACCUACCUUCCAGAUGGUGUACUUCUUAAGUUAAUAGUUCUGUCCCAACUAGCUCUCUAUGUUUUAAGAUAAACUGAUUGGGAAGUAAGUUCUACACGUGCUAUUUACGAACUGAAGGUCAGAGCAUCAUUAAGUUGAAUAUCACAGAAGUCAACGGUGACAUGCUUCAAAAAUGGCUGUCAAAGGCACAGUUCAUUGCAAAGCAAAACUGUACAGGAGACUCAAUUGUUAGAGUCCUCGCAGAACAUCUCUUCUCACAAAACCGAGGGCAGGGCUGACUUAUUGCCUGCUGUGUCGUUUGGGGGACAGAACUUCUGGACUUCUUUUUAAUACGAUAUACAAUUUUUUCGAUUAUUAUUACUAAACAUAUUUGAUUUCUCUUUCCCCUUUUAAAAAGAUUUUUUUAAACUUUUUUGAACAUGUUUUUUCUUUGGUAUUAUUACAUUACGAGAACAUUCGUCCGAAAGUUGUAUUAAGGUACAGGACACCUAACCUCUCCUAUGUUCUGAUUGUAUUUAGCUUGCAUGGGUGCGCACUCUUCUCGCAGUAUUCUCUGUGACGAUGAAGGUCGAAAUGACUUGUGGCAUGGUUCCAAAUGGUCUUUCGUUCGAGUCUGAGUGUAAUGCACCAGCCGAGCAUAAGAGUGUCAGUAUAAAGGAAAGGGGCCGACUUUAAUGUUCUCUAUACCUUAAGUUCUUCAUAAUAACACCAUUUAAAUUUCACAACAAAAUUACGUCAGCAAUUUUUUUGCCAACUAUUAUGCUUCGAAAACUCCGGGCUGCCGCUCUCCUGAAUGUAAUAAUUGCACGCCAAAAUCAUAAGUUAGGCGUGCGAUACUGAUUGCACGCCUGUAUUAAUGGCGUGCGAUACUGAUUGCACGCCUGUAUUAAUGUAGGUGUACAUACCACCGCACGUGGGCGCAAAUAUUCAUGACCAAGACUGUUAAACCUAAAUAAAUACAUCAAAUUCCAGCAUCAUGCUUUGCUGGCCUAAAGAAACAAUCACACAUUGUAACCUCAACAAAGAGGAUGAUGGGGACGACAAGUUACACAUACAAACAUACAAAAAGCAUUUUGUGAAACUGACAGGAUUUAUGGGUGGGCUUGUGUGCCUCGCCUAGCCAACAUAAAUCAGUUUUAGACAAAAGUAAAAUACAUGUGGAAAACUCACAAUUAUAAUGACUGUCACAACCAAAAAAAGCACACUUAUAAAACGAAUUAUAAGCACACUUAUUAGAGAUGAAAAUCAUUAAAUAAAUUUAAUGUUUUUUAGUGAUUUUCCCUGGGAAUAAUAAAACACAAGUCACCCAAGUAUGAUAACUUCUAAGAACGAGACAAAUGAUCUAAAUUCACAACACAUCAAAACAAGAAAAUAUUUUGUGUUUUUUCACAUGGCACCAACAAGGUCUAUUGUAGUUAUUGUUUUAUCCUUUAAGCUUAAAUAUUACUAAGUUGUUACAAAAUUGUUGACAUAAGUAUUUUUUUUGUAACUGUCAGUUUUGUUGAAAAAAAGAGAUUUUAUUAUCAGAGGAAUUUGGGGUAAAAAUGAAAGAUCUAAAUAUUUACUGGAAGAAGUUCUUGUGAUCUUUUCCAUCGAUUCACAAAAAAUAAUUUUUAAAACUGAAAUGGCCUGACUAAACUGUUUAAAUACGAUAGAAAUGAAAGAUAUUUGUUGGUUUUGUUACUAGUGUUUACAUCAUUAGUCAUUUUCUCCUUUUAUUCACAAAAUUUCUUCUCAGAAAUAAAGAAAAAAAAUCUCAAAGAAAUACAUAAAAAUUUCUUUCUCUAAAAGUUAUUUCCCUUACGGUCUUUUGUUUGGAUAAAUACAAAAAUUAAAAAAAUAGAGGAAAAAUCAGCUAUUCUGAUCAUAUUUAAAAAUGUGCUGUUAACAUAAUUUUAUGGAAUAGCAGCAAAUAACUGAAAGCCAGGAAUUUGAAGUAAAAUAAAGUGUAAAUCUUUGUCACAAAUUUACUUUUUAGAAUAAACAUUACAAUUGUCUAUGGCACACAAUGAUGGCGCAAGGCCACAUAUUCCUCUUAAACCAACACUAAAGCCAAAACCACAGAUACCCCAAAAACCUUUUCUUCAUUUUGGUCCUCAAGUGAAAGAUGCAAAUAAAACUGUGAACAUUUUUGAAAGACCACAUUCUAGUCCAGUUGGCCCACCUAAACCACCAAGAACGUUUCAGUAUAGACCACAAACCAAAUCAGUAAAUUUGGAAAAUAUUUUACAUGGUCAUGAUGUAACAACUGCUUAUGAAGAAAAUGAACAUAAAUUGCUGAACAAAUCAAUUUCUGCUGCUCCAAAUAAUGUAAGCAGUGUUGGUAAGGAUCAAGAAAGGUUGACAUGUUCUCAAAAACCUUUAGUUCCAGUUAGACCCACAAAGCCAUUAUAUAAACGACCAUUACCAGCCUUACCUAAUGUUCCUGUUAGGUUUAAACAAAACAGUAACAACAUAGAUGAACUAGAGUUAAAAAAACGACAUGGUCUUUUGAUUGAUGAAACUAUUUUAAAUGAACUCAAAGAAGAUUUAAACAAGAAUACUGAUUUUUAUGUUCCAAGAAGCAAUUUAAAUAAAUUAAAAAGUGUCUCUUCUCCAUCUCUAUUUAAUCGUGAUAGUGAUUAUGAAAACGAUAUUAAAACACUUCGAUAUAGUACAGAAAACUUGCUUAGCGAUGUUAUCUUUGAGCAUGAUGAUGAUGUUGAUAACAUUGAUGGAGGUAAUGGGAAUCAAGUACCCAAACAAAAGUUUCACAAAAAAUUUAAAGAUGUUACAACUCAUGGAUUUUCAAAAGGGAUUAAAAAAUGGCAAAGUUUUGCUGCAAGAAAACAUGAAACAUUUAAUGUUGUAAAAAAAGAUAUAUCACGCCCAAGAGCUGACACAACACCGAUUGAAGUUACAUUUGAUAAGUAUUCUGAUUUGUAUCAAGACGAUGAAAGUGCAUUGUUUGAUCAUGUUUUAGUUGUCUCUUUAAAACCAGAUGCGAAGGCGAUAUUGUCACCUUACAUAUCCUUUUGUUUUCCUCCAAAGAUUGAUGAAGACAGUUUAUCUGGUGAGGAAAAUCAAGUUAUGGAAAGCAUUCCUCAAUUUUGUUUUCCUGACCUUUCCGUUUCGGAAGGAUAUGGAUUUAAAAAUGGUGAAACAUUUUCCUUUGUGUUGACAGAUGUACUAGGAAAAAGAAACUUUGGUUAUUGCAAGCUUAUAAAAGUAUCUUCUUCUAAAUAUCCAGAAGUUUAUUGCAUCAUAAGUCCUCAUGGUUUAUUCUCUAUGUAUUCUCAAAUUCUAGAGGAAGUAGAGAAACAGCGCAAUAUAUCGGCAACUGCAGUGUUUUCUUUCCUCAAAGCUGUUUUGUCUCACUCUCUACCAAAACCAUCAUCCUCAGUUACUGUAUCAUUCUUUACGAGUGGAGGUUCAAACAAUAUCAAGGAGGUAACUCUGAAAAGACCUGGUGAUUCUGCUAUACAUGAGCAUGUUGAUCUGAGCUUGCUUUUCGCAACUUUACCAAUUUCAGUGAUAAUUCAGCUGCUAACUUGCAUGUUGGUAGAAGCUAAACUCAUUAUCUGUUCCAGUUCACUUAGUUUGUUGUCUUCUUGUUGUCAUGCUUUGAUUUCCUUGAUGUAUCCGUUUACGUGGGAGCACACAUACAUCCCCGUCUUACCGACAAAACUUGUGGAUAUCAUCUGUCUUCCAUCGCCGUAUCUUAUUGGUUUGCUGCCGCCAGCUCUUCAAGAAAUAGAAGAUUUACCUGUGGAUUAUGUUACAGUUGUAAGCUUAGAUGAUGGAGUUUUCUUAAGACAGGAAUCUGCGAAAGUUGCCCAGCUUCCAAAACAAAUCAAAGAGGAUGUCACUGCAGCUUUAGACGAAAUCUUGUGUGCUUGCCAAAAAAGCCAGCUAUUUGGAGCUUCAGAACAAAAAGCACAAAAUCAAGUGAUCACUGAAGUUUUUGUUCAAUCUUACCUAAAUUUAAUUGGUCAUUUUGAAGAGUAUUAUACAGAAAAUGAAAACCACGAUCAAGUCAUAACAGGAAAAGGAUUUUAUAAAGCUUCUCAUACGAAAGAGAAAAAACAGUUUCUGAAAGUGUUUAUGCAAACACAAGCCUUCCAACAAUUUGCUAUUAGCAGAAAAGAAAAUGGACCAUCCCAAGGCUUGUUCGAAAAUCGAUUUGCAGAAUGGAAAAGAAGAUCCGGUGGUCAUCAUUCGAAACCGAACUUUAAGGAUCUGUUGACUGGUUUCAAAAGAAAAUUAAAACUCUGACCAAAACUUCAUCAAGUUUUUAUAACCUUUUUUAGAUUAGUAGUAGGGCUCUUCAGCCGAAUUGCUUAAGGAUGGUAAUAUUUACACGUUUAAUUUUGCAUAGAAUAAUUUGUUUUAAAAGCUAUAAAAUUACCUGAAAUCGUGUCUGUGAAAGUAGUGUUUUUUUGCCAGACAAGAAUAAAAUCCUGUUUUCAAGGGUUUAUUUUCUACUUACUUGUAAAUAAUAAUAUAUAUGUUAAUAUGAUUCAAUGUAAUAAUGUAAAUUUAAAAAUAUAGAGAUUUAUAGUAUUUAUAUCUUUAGUGACAUGUUUUUUGAAGUUUAUGGAUGGCAUUGAAAACUGAUUUACCAUUUUAUUUAUUUUAUUUCUUGUAUGACAAUUUUAUUAGAAAAUCUUCACGAUAUUUAACACUUGGA